CAAAAACCAUUUAGGCUUCUGUAUCACUGUCAAAGUGACAAUUUAACCUGAGCUUCCAUCUCUGCCUAUCAUACUGUGCUGUCUUACAGUGAUUUCCAGUCGUUACUAAAUGUUUUAUAAGUACAUGUCCUCACAAAGACUGAAACAAGAGGAACCUCAGUUCUCACUUAAACUGCUUAGAUUACAGUUAAAGGUUAAGUUAGGCAAUGAAAGUAAUUGGAAGAGGAACAACUGUACGUUUUUCCCGUGUUUGUGCAAAGCAAGAUUGUGUAGUUACUUGUGUUGAAGUGGGUGCGCAGAUAAUCACUGUCAUUUCACCACAGAGCUAAAUUCCUGGUAAUGGGAUGCUAACAGGACUAAUAAAUGGAGAGCUGUCCCAGUGGGUGGCAUUAAUGCUACACCCUGAGGGGCUUCAGUCAUGGCUGCCGUCUGGUCAAUUAAAUGUUUAGCUAACACAGAGGGCUAAUGUCAAACAUCUCAAAGGUUAGUGGAUCGAAACUGACUUCAGAGGGUCUCUCAUAUGUUUUAUGCAUAUGUUGUCUCUGCUGCGAUCCCUGUAAUCUGAAACAUGUUUUCAGUCUCACAAAGUUUCAUGUUUUAACUUUAUUUAUUCCUUCUUUGGUGUGUUGCCACGGUGAUUGUGUCUCAAACUGACAGACAGAACAAAUACAGAUUAUCAUGAUGAUCACCAUUACUGUUGAUGUGUUGACAAUCACCUUUCUGUUUCCUUGACCAACAUAAGAGGGAUAAGGCUUGGGCUAGGGCUAACGUUUAUAUGAUGGAAAAGUACAUUUACUAAAGUACUUUAGCUAAGUAUCUACACCUAGAUUUCAGUUACUUUAAGUUUCUGCAUGCUACAGUUAAGAGGUAAAUAUUGCACUUUUUACUCCAUUACAUUUACCUGACAGCUAGAUUUUUGUGAGAAAGUGAAAAAAAUGAUAAUUCUACAGAUUAAAUCACCCAAUCAUAAAUAAUUAGCUCCACAUUAAAUAUUCAUUACAUGUUAAAAAAUGAUAAGCUAAUUAUAUAAAAAUAUGUUCUGUAUAAUGAGUAAUUUACUCAUUACAUUACUUUUGAUACAGUAAGUAGCCUUUAUACAUAUCUAAUUGAUAAUAAGUACUUUUACGGAAUACAUAACAGUUACAUGGAAACAUGGGAAAGGACCUGAGUACUUCUUCCAUCACUGAACGCUUUUUGUGUCACUUUGAUGUGAUUGAUAGCCUUUAUGAUGUAAAGGAAAUUUAAAUUAUUCUUGAUUUUUUUUUUAACUUUGCACUUAAUUAUCUUUAUCCACUAUUUUCAUUCUUUAUAGCCUGUGCUUUGCGACACAAUUAAUUUUUAUAAACAGGGCUACCAUUGAGGACACUAAGGAUAUUUUAUUCAUUAAUUAUUUAUAUAUUGUGUAAUUUGGGGUUUUAGAAUCGUCGGGGUGGUUUAGGCUAUAUUGUCAAAAAGGUUUUAGAUGUCAGUGUUGUUGGCAUUUUAUACGCUGAUACUAGUAUGUUUAGACCCAGAAAGUCUAAAUACAACUACUUUUAUAUCAACAAAAUGAUAAAUAAAUAAAGGCUUAAGGCUAAAUAAAACGUAUUGUGUACAGGUUUUAAAACAUUACACAAAGUAAUUACAAGUAACAGUGAAGUGAAGUCCUAAUUAAAAAAACUAAAGAAGAAGAAGAGACCCUGUUACAAGUCAUGACAGCCUGGGAUAUCUGUGGUGUCUCACAGCCUGUAAAUUAACCCGAUCACUCAACUCAACCACAAACCCCACAGGCCCCGCCCCUCGCCGCGGCUGCGCAGAGCGGCGCAGGGAGCUGUCCGUGUCAGUGGGUGCUGGAGUGUUUUCACUGAAGCAGCUUCCCCCUCCGGUCCACCGACAACACGGGAGCGAUGGAGGAAGAGUUAAAAUGCCCCGUUUGCGGUUCUCUCUUCAAGGACCCCAUCCUGCUGCCGUGCUCCCACAAUGUGUGCCUGGCCUGUGCUCGGAACAUCACCGUGCAGACCCCGGAGGGAGAGACCCCGGUGCAGAGCCGAGCGUCGGGCAGCUCUGACUACGACUACCUGGACAUGGACAAGAUGAGUCUGUACAGCGAGACGGACAGCGGAUACGGCUCCUACACGCCGUGCCAGCUCAAGUCUCCAAACGGGGUGCGUGUGUUUCCGCCGGCCAUCCAUCACCGACACUGCUCCCUCACCUGCCCGCUCUGCCACCGGAGCGUCUCCCUGGACGAGCGGGGACUCCGGGGUUUCCCUCGGAACCGGCUGCUGGAGGCCAUCGUGGCGCGGUACCAACAGAACCGCGCCGCCUCCGCUUCCUCCUCUUCCUCCUCUACAGCGGUGAAGUGCCAGCUGUGCGACCGCAACCCAGUGGACGCGGCGGUGAUGUGCGAGCAAUGCGACGUCUUCUACUGUAACGCCUGCCAGCAGCGGUGCCACCCGUCCCGCGGUCCGCUCGCCAAACACCGCCUGGUGCCGCCGCCGAACCAAGCGGCAGGAGGAGGUGCGGCAGGCGGAGGAGGGAGCGGCGGCGGUGGCAGCGGUGGCGGAGCUGGGGCAGGCAGCGGCGGUCAGCAGCCGCCCGCUACCGCGCGGAAACCGGCGACCUGCGUGGACCAUGAAGCGGAAAACUUCAACAUGUACUGCUGCAGCUGCAAGGCUCCGGUGUGUAUGAAGUGUCUGGAGGAGGGGAAACACGCCAAGCACGACGUCAAACCGCUGGCGGUGAUGUGGAAACAACACAAGUGCCAGCUCUCCCAGGCCCUGAACGGCGUCUCUGACAAAGCUAAAGAUGCCAAGGAGUUCCUGGUUCAACUCAAGAACAUGCUCCAGCAGAUCCAGGAGAACGGUGUUGAGUUUGAGGCCUGCCUCGUGGCUCAGUGCGACUCCCUGAUCGAGGCGCUGACCAGACAGAAAGCCAAGCUGCUCACCAAAGUCACCAAGGAGAAGGAGUACAAACUAAAGGUGGUGCGUGACCAGAUCACCCACUGCACCAUGAAGCUACGUCAGACCACAGGUAUGAUGGAGUACUGCCUGGAAGUCCUCAAAGAGAACGAUCCCAGUGGAUUCCUCCAGAUAUCUGAUGCCCUGAUCAAGCGGGUGACGUCGUCUCAGGACCAGUGGGUAAAAGGCGCACUGGAGCCAAAAGUCGGCCCCGAGUUUGACCUCACCCUCAACACCGACUCACUGCUCCAGACCAUCCUGCAGCUAGACUUCUGCCAAGGCAAAGAUGUGCAGGAGAGUCCGUUAUUGAAACAAAUGCAGGCAGCAGGAAGUGGUGAGGCUGAGAUGGAGACAGAGAGCCCAGGAGUGGAGAUCGGGCCCUCGGUGCCGGCGGCCCCUCUCCUGCAGCUGGAGAAGUGCUGCACCAGGAACAACAGCGCCACCCUGGCCUGGAGAGUAACUGCAUCCCCUGGCAGCUCCAUCGAGGGCUACAUCCUAGAGUUGGACGAUGGCAACGGAGGACAGUAUAGGGAAGUCUAUGUGGGGAAGGAGACUGUGUGUACGGUGGACGGCCUCCAUUUUAACAGCGCCUACAAUGCCAGGGUGAAAGCCUAUAAUGCCAUCGGUGUGGGGCCCUACAGCAAGACGGUUGUACUUAAGACCUCUGAUGUGGCUUGGUUCACCUUUGACCCCACCUCGGCUCAUCGGGACAUUGUUCUGUCCAAUGAGAACCAGACAGUCACCUGUAACAGCUACGAUGACCGUGUGGUGCUGGGAACCGCUGCUUUCUCUAAGGGCACCCACUACUGGGAGGUCUGCAUCGAUCGCUAUGACAACCACCCGGACCCUGCGUUUGGCGUGGCGAGGAUCAACACCAUGAAAGACAUGAUGUUAGGGAAGGACGACAAGGCCUGGGCCAUGUAUGUGGACAACAACCGCUCCUGGUUCAUGCACAACAACUCCCACACCAACAGGGCAGAGGGAGGCAUCACUAAGGGCUCCACUGUGGGCAUCCUGCUGGAUCUGAGCAAACACACUCUGACCUUCUACAUCAACAAGGAGCAGCACGGACCGACUGCCUUCGAGAACCUGGAAGGGGUCUUUGUGCCAGCUGUCAGCCUCAACAGAAACGUACAGGUGACCUUACUGACCGGCCUGGAGGUGCCAAAGAAUAUCAAACAGUAGGAGCUCCUUCCUCCUCCCCCCUGAGCGUGCCCUGGAUACAAACAUACGAUGUCAUAUAUACGCAGCCUCAGUUUACUCCCGCGUGGACCUUUUCCUUUCUCAUCCUUCUCAAGGUGCCCCCAGUGUGAAACCCUGUCUGAUCAUUUGGGACGAAAGAAUAAAAUCUGAGUUAUUAUUGGCCAUAAAUAAGACGAUUGAAUCUCGUGGACGUUGCUACAGAUAUGACUGGAGUUACUGUGGAUUGCCAUACUUUUUCCAUAUCCUAAUAUUAUUAUUCCAGCUUGUAUCAUUCCAUCCAUUCCUUGAUUCCAUCAAGAAGGAAAAUACAGCCUGAAACUUCUCGAGGCCUGAAACCAAACUUAUCAACCGCCCCCCCCGCUCCGACCAAAUCAACGGUAAAGACUUCUACACUGUGCAGUCAAAUAGUUUCGUGCUAAAAAAUCAUGAAAAGGGAUUGUAAGAUAUACCAUCAGAAAUGUUACACCAUCGUUUUAAAAAAUAAAUCUACAGUAACAUGGUGCUUUCAGGGGCUGAAAAACGAGGGAGAAAUGAUUUCGCUCUGCGUCUCUCUCAGGUGUGUUUACAGCUUGCAAGCUCAAACUAGAUGAAGAGAGCCUUUUGUAGGAGUUGUAGUGGCACUGCGGGUUGUUUCGCUCAUGAAAUAUUGAAAAGCUAAACCUUCAGUGUACACUUUUAUCCCAGUUGUGGCUCCAACAGCGCUGCCUUCUCUGUUUUCCCCGUUUGUUUCCUCCUUGGGUUUGAGUUUAAUGGAGAAAUGAUUUCUUUUCUGUGGGUAGGAGCCUGACAGACAUAAAAAAAAGCUCUCCUCGUGAUGAACUCUCUCUCAUUUGGUGCUGCUGUCAGUGAGGUUUACUCACUCAGGUCGAGCUGGGAAGGUUUGGGCUUUAUUCCAUUUAAUUUUUCAGCAAUUUGAAGGAUCUACGGAGCCUGGGAGUGGUCAUUUAAAAUGAAAUGUUUUAUUCUAAAUUCACUUUGGUGCAUUUCUUUUUGGGACAAUAAAAAUCUGCCGACAGCUAUGCCAAUUGGGGCAAGCUGGGUUAUUUACAAAUAGGUUUACAUAGCCGUAGAGUUUCUGGUAAACUGUGGAAUAAGAAGAGAACUACAAGAGCCUGUGUGAUGUCGCUCAGCAAACCUUCAUAUUUGCUAUUUAAAGGAGCUAUUCAUAAGUACUGCUAUUGCUACAUAGCUAUCGUUAGCAUUAGCAGCUGUUU